GGUACUUUCCAACGAACCCCCAGCACGACACAAACACAACACAAGCACACUCCUUCCCCGAAACACAGUGUCCCCGACCGGGAGCGAACCGGCGAGAUGGAACCGGAAACGGAGGAUCCGGCCGCCAACGAGGUCGACGGCGCGGACGGCGGCGGCGAGGACGCCAGGAGCGGCGACGAGGCGGAGGCGGCGGCGGCCGGGGGCGGGAACGACGGGAGCGGGAGCAGCGGCGGGAAGGCGGGGAGGGACAGGGUGAAGGGCCCUUGGUCGCCGGAAGAGGACGCGAUCCUGAGCCAGCUCGUCAGCAAGUUCGGGCCGCGGAAUUGGAGCCUGAUCGCCCGCGGGAUCGCCGGGCGAUCCGGCAAGUCUUGCCGCCUCCGGUGGUGCAAUCAGCUCGACCCCGCCGUGAAGCGCAAGCCCUUCACUGAUGAGGAAGAUCGGAUCAUAAUUGCAGCCCAUGCGAUUCACGGGAACAAGUGGGCAUCUAUAGCAAGACUUCUCCCAGGGAGAACAGACAAUGCCAUUAAGAACCAUUGGAAUUCCACCCUUAGGCGCCGGAGCACGGAACUCGAAAAGAUUAAGGUGGAAGGCAGUAACACAGUUGACGAUGCUAGCUUGGACAGAGUAAAAGCAUCAUCUGAAGAAACACUUUCAUGCGGAGAAGCAAAUUCACCUAAGUCUUUGGAGGGAAAGGAUGUCAGUUCUCUGGAGAACACAAGCAACCAAUAUGAAGAAAAGUCAAUGCAAAAGGAUCAGUUCAAUCAUGGACCGAAGGGUCAGCCUACUCUCUUCCGACCUGUUGCACGCGUCAGUGCAUUCAAUGCGUACAAUCGCUCGGAUGGUCCACAACCUGCAUUGCCAUUUGUGGGCUCAGUUCCUGCUUCGGAACACAUUGGUCAAGCGUUGAAACAGGAUCAUGGUUUCUCUAGGUUGCUCAAUGACGUCUAUGGUGAAAGAUUGGUGCCUCACAAUUGUGGUUAUGGUUGUUGCGAUGGUAACAAUGCUGCUGGUGCUCAGAAUUCCUUACUGGGCCCAGAAUUUGUGGAGUACUUGGAGCCCCAAUCUUUUCCAAAUUAUGAAUUGGCAUCGAUAGCUGCAGAUAUAAGCAACCUCGCAUGGCUUCGUAGCGGACUGGACAAUAACAGUGUAAGGACAAAAGACGACAGAGCUGGGCAUUAGAUCCCCUUGAUUCCUAGGUCAGAUUCCUCAGGCAUCUGAAGGCCACACAAGGCUUCAUGAAUAUGUUAGGAAAGAGUAGAGAAAGAGGAACUAUUUUGAUAUUGAAGAGGGAAACGGCAAGUCAAGGAACAUGACAGUGAAUGCACAGUCAACCUCGGGCUAGUGGGUUUUAUGCUAGGACCGGCUAGAUUCAGCUAAAAAUUAAACAUUGAAAAGAGUACAAAAUUGGCUGUUGCAAUUUUUAUACCGGAAAUUCAAGGAAGCCCUUAUUUUAUUUCAGUAUGAUGUAGGACGUAUUGUAGGUGCUUUUUGGUAUUGUUGGACCUCCUUUCCCGAAAGAGUACUUGAGGGCUGAAGGGACCAGGAGUCGAUACUGGAUAAACUCGUGUAUGUUUAUUCUCAAAGGCCCUAGAAAAAUGAGGCAAGCACAAAAAUUUUCAAAC